AAUGCGAUUAUGAAGCUGAUUCCUCCACGAAUAAAGUUGAAUUGGGUUUGUCAGUCCGCGCGGUUAUUCUCCUCCGGUCCUGAUGAUCCUGCUAAACUCAUUAAUCUGACAAAAUAUUCACCCGAGAAGAUCCGGAAUUUCAGCAUCGUCGCUCAUGUGGAUCACGGGAAAAGCACGUUAGCUGAUCGUUUGUUAGAGUUGACCGGAGUAGUGAAGCCAGGAGAACGAAAUGAGCAAAUGCUUGAUCGUUUACCCGUUGAGAGAGAACGAGGAAUCACUGUGAAAGCUCAGACUGCUGCCUUACCCUAUAAGGAUUAUUUAUUAAAUCUCAUUGAUACUCCUGGUCAUGUCGACUUUUCUGCCGAAGUUUCUCGAUCAUUAGCUGUUUGUGAUGGUAUUUUAUUGGUAGUUGCUGCCAAUCAAGGAGUCCAAGCGCAGGUGAUAAUCUCAUUAACGAUUGCCAACUUUUGGCUCGCUUUUGAAAGAAACAUACAUAUGAUACCGGUUAUCAAUAAAAUAGAUCUCAGUGGUGCUAAUAUCGCAAAGGUGGAGACCCAGCUCAAAAAUCUUUUUGAAUUUGAACCUCAUGAAUCGCUAAAGAUCUCGGCAAAGACAGGGCUGAAUGUUGAGUCAGUGCUAGAUGCCAUUGUUCAGAGAAUUCCUCCGCCAACUACUAGGAAGGAGGCUCCUUUUCGGUAUGUUUUUUGAUG